AUCUUCUUCCAAGUUCGAGUUGUGAUGAUGAUGCUUUGGGUUCUGUAUCUGUCUAUGGAGUUGACCCGCUUUGUGCUUUUCCUUUCUUGGCCUUCUCUUGUACUUUGGCAGACGUACUUGGGGAACCAGAGAUUCAGGUUUUACUUCACAUGCACCAACUGCUCUGCCGUGCUCGCCAUCAAGACCCAGCCGCAGCAUCCCGAUUGCGAGGUGGAUUCAGGAGCGACGAGGGUGGUGGAGAAUGGGCAAAGGAAGAGGGAGGCUGAAGAGAUGGGCGAUGUAAAUAGAGAGAUUGAUAUUCUCCCAGCUCUUGAUGAUAUGAAUUCCAUGAAGUAGAGAAAAUUUCUGAGGAAUUGUCGGACAAGCCAACAGAUUUCUUGACAAAAGCUAGUACCUGAGGUAUUUCAUGUUUUUCGGACAUGUUUUCUUCAAUUAUGUUGGCUCUCCUUGGAUGGGAUUUAGGGCAUUAAUGUCUUCCUGAAUGAUGGAUAUGUGGAAAUAGAUAGGCUCAGCACUUCCCUUUUCCUGCAAGUGCUUUGGAUUUUAUUAAAUGCAGUCUCCCUCUGUGGAAGUAGACUUGACUUUUAGAGAGUAACUUUUUCCAUGUGACAGUGGUUGCUUCUGCGAGUUUUCCGGUUACAUUUUUGUGUCCUUUCAUCAUGUAUGUGGUGUUUCUGUUUUACGUUAGAAAGAGAUAUUGCUUGGUCGUUACAUGAGGAUCUAUAUUGUGCGGAAAGCAUCUAAGCGAUUAACAAGAAUGGUGGUCUAAGCAGUGAUGACGGGGAUUGAGUUGCAAAUGAUACCAUCUGCUUUCUUGCUGUAUCAGGAGAAAGCUUUUUGA